GGGAUGCCCGAGGCUCCGCGCGGUGCGGGAAAGACCUGGGCUCCGGGAGCGAGCGUCUGUCUCUUUAAAUGCCAGGGGCUGCGCUCCCGCCCUGGGAGCCGGGAGCCGGAUCUACAAUCCCGUCCCUCCCGCUUCGGCGCUUGUUGCUCGCCCGGCCCGACCGGGAGCUGCAGCCGCCGGGCACCGAGACUGCUUCCUUCUUCUUCUGGAGAGCCCCACCUCCCCGGGAGCCGGUUGAGGGGGAGAAACAGCCCCAGCAGGAGGGAAAAGGUGCCGUGUGAAGAGGCAUCACUCCCCCCCUUCAAGUCUUACGCGGGGGCAAGACAUGCGCCGCUCCCCCCUGCCCAGCCUCGCAGCCGCCUGCGCCUGGAGAGGAGAGACUGCGGAGCCCACACCUGCAAACUCGUCCUAGAAGUCUCAGGGUGCGGCUGGGGACCCCUCCCAAUUCCCCUCGGCCUCCACCUCUCCGCGGGUGGUCUCAGCCCCGGUCCGGGGACCUGUGCCAAUGACCCUAGUGGUGGUUUCGCUUUCUCCUCUUUCGGCGGUGUGAACGUGUGUCCACGGCGUGAUGGGCAACCAGGUGGAGAAACUGACCCACCUAAGUUAUAAGGAAGUUCCCACUGCCGACCCGACUGGAGUGGACCGGGAUGACGGGCCCCGAAUCGGAGUCUCCUACAUCUUCUCCAAUGACGACGAGGACGUGGAGCCCCAGCCGCCGCCCCAGGGCCUGGAUGGCGGUGGCGGCGGUUUGCCCGACAGCGGGGACGGGCCGCCCCUGCCCCCGCCACAGCCCUAUGACCCACGGCUGCACGAGGUGGAGUGCUCCGUGUUCUACCGCGACGAGUGUAUCUACCAGAAAAGCUUCGCUCCAGGCUCCGCCGCCCUGAGCACCUACACGCCAGAGAACCUGCUCAACAAGUGCAGGCCUGGCGACCUGGUGGAGUUUGUGUCGCAGGCGCAGUACCCGCACUGGGCUGUUUACGUGGGCAAUUUCCAGGUGGUGCACUUGCACCGGCUGGAGGUGAGCAACAGCUUCCUGACGGACGCCAGCCAGGGCCGGCGCGGCCGCGUGGUGAAUGAUCUGUACCGCUACAAGCCGCUGAGCCCCAGCGCUGUGGUGCGCAACGCGCUGGCGCACGUGGGCGCCAAGGAGCGCGAGCUGAGCUGGCGCAACUCUGAGAGCUUCGCCGCCUGGUGCCGCUACGGCAAGCGUGAGUUCAAGAUCGGUGGGGAGCUGCGCAUUGGCAAGCAGCCUUACCGGCUGCAGAUCCAGCUCUCUGCGCAGCGCAGCCACACACUCGAAUUUCAGAGCCUGGAGGACCUGAUCAUGGAGAAACGGCGCAACGACCAGAUAGGGCGCGCCGCGGUGCUACAGGAGCUGGCCACGCACCUGCACCCCGCGGAGCCGGACGAGGGCGACAGCGACGCCGCGCGGACUACGCCGCCUCCCGGGCGCCCCCAGGCGCCGGGCCAAGAGGAGGAGGACCGAGAGGCGGUGGUGCACUGACAGGCGAGCUGAGUGCGGAGCUGCGUGAGGGAGCCUUUGCAGCAGCCGCUGCCCCCUCCCUUCUCUCCCUCCCUCCUCCACCAUCUUCUGGGUCCCAACUGGGCUCCUGGGCCAUUUGGAAAACGGAGAGUUGGCGAAAAGCGCUGCCAGCUGUGGCUUGAGUUUGUUAUCUUGGACGGAGGAGGAAGAGGGAGCAGGUAGGAGCAUUUUGGCUGGGGGCGCUUCUUGGCUUCUUGCCUGCCCGUUCAAUCUGUCUUCCUUUCCGAGGUGAGGCACAUUUUGGACUUGCCAGAUAUUAAGUACCUGCCGGACAUGGGUCCAAAAAUCGCCCCUUCUUAUGCACGCAGGGGUGGAGCAAAGUUCUGAGUACCAGUAUCUGCCAUUGCCUUCUGCCCGCUUCCCCUCCUACCCUAGGCUUGGAGGAUACACUGUACCAAGGCCAGAGCAAGUUUGUGGUGGUGCUAACCCCUAGGAGCAGUGUGAGGGAACUGGGAAGUUGGGAUGAUUUAUGUUAUGGUUUUCCUGGGGUGCAGGGCUGGUGGAACCAGGACCCAUCUAGGAACAGCAGACUGAAACAAAGGAGCCCCCUGUGAAGUGUAACAAAUGAUUGAGUAAUCUUGGGCUGCAAAACAAAGACUUUGCUACCUCCCCCCUUUCCAUCCCUGAGCGGUUUGUCUUCUGAAGUUGGCCUCCUGCAUCGCAGGCCAGCCACUUUCCAGGUUACAAGUAAAUCCUUGCCACAGGCCCGUUAAGGGAAGGAUUCAUUUUUGCUUCCGUUCUGUCGCCUUUGUUUUCCUCGCCCACUGUUGUAGGUUGUAGGCACUUACAGCUGCGUUAUUAGUUCUAAGAGGGAAUAGGCCUUUGUGUCUCUUUUCUAAUGAAACUUGCUUGACCAUGUUCAUCCACAGGCCACACUGUGAGGCUGGCUGCUGCCACCGCAUAAAGUAUCCACUACAGAAACAGCCAAACAGGGUUGCCCUGGCAGGAAUUUGUCAAUUUCCUGUUCAUUCCCUGACCUAAUCCCCUUCCCGAAUAGUGAAAGUACCUUUUUUUUCUUUUUUUUUUCUUUUUUUUAAAUUUAAGUGGAAGGCUUUGGUGGUGGUCUUCCAACUUUUUUUCCCCCUCACUGCCCCAUCUCCGUGGCUCUCACUCUUACUUUUCUGCUGGUGGUGAAAUCUUAGGCUUGAGGCAUAUUUCAGUGACAAAGUUGUUAUUUUGCUAGCCACACUCAAUGUGAUUUAAUUCAAGUUGUAAAGUCUUGUUAUAUUGCUGCAGUCUCCUUGUUGCUUGGAGAGCACUCCUUCAGAAUGCUCUCAAUGAAGAGAGGUGACAGCAGUCACAAAUAAAUGCCACCUGGUGUAGUCAGUACCAAAUCUGGUGAAGGUCCUUAAAGCCUAGGUUGGUGAUUGUGGGAUGUGUCUGAAGCAGGCUGGCUGAUUCUGUCUGGAUCUGCUGCUGUGUUUGCUUUACUGUGAGACUCUAAAAAUAUGUCCAGUUUGUCCUUUGUUUUCAUGUGUGCUCUUUGAUGAUGUGUGCCCUUGAUCUCAGAAUCCUCUGCUGUACAAUGGCACUGCUAACGCUGUCUCAAAAGUUGAGUAAAGUUUUUUCUUUCUCUUGGGAAUUGUUAUGAAUUACACUGAACAAGUCAUUUCAUGACCCACUUCUUACAGUUGGAGUAGAAUCACACUUGAGUGGUCUAUAGCAGUGGUCAUCCUUGGGCCUCCUGCUUGGGGAGCUUUAAAUCAAGGCGACAAGACUUGAAAGAUUUCCUUGUAUACUUACUUUUUCAAACGUGGGACAUUGAGGCCAUAAUUUUUAAAAGCUUAAACCUUCAUCAUAACAUGAAAUGAUUUAAUUCCAAGGGCAUUAGCUAUGUUCCGUUUUCCCAGGACCCCCACACAGGUCCUAUCGCUUUGACUGUUAAAGCUGAACAACCCUCAGCCCUGGUCUGGGACUUUGGAGAAACAUCAGUCUUCCGUUGGAAAUGUUGAUCUAGAUUUCUUGUUUAAUAAUCUCACAGCUUAUAUUUCUGUUCUUUUGCUUCUGGAAAAGUGGAAUGGGAUAAACAUGAGUAAAGAUACUUAGGAGAGCUUACUAGAUUUGGAAUUUUUUUUAUGUUUAACACAGUCAAAUGAAAGUUGAAUGUAAAUGGCCAUUGUGCAGACAGCAGGAGAGAACAGAGCAGCACUGUCUAGCAGUUUUGGGCUAGCCAGCCAGCUCUCUUUUCCACUCCCCCGUCUCUGUCUCCUGCCUUCACCCUUCAAUGGAAAGCGAAUGCGAUCGGAGUUCCCAUUGUGGCUUAGCAGAAAUGAACCCAACUAGUAUCCAUGAGGAUGUGGGUUUGAUCCUGGCCUCGCUCAGUGCAUUAAGGAUCUGGCAUUGCCAUGAGCUGUGGUGUAGGUCAGAGAUGUGGUUCGGAUAUGGUGUGGCUGUGGCUUAGGCCAGCAGCUGCAGCUCUGAUUUGACCCCUAGCCAGGGGAACUUCCAUAUACCGCAGGUUAGGCCCUAAAAAGCAAAAAAGGAAAAAGAAAAAGAAAGAAACUGAAUGCCAUCAGUCACACCAAAGGAGUGACUCUCCGUUACAAACCUCUUUGUGAGAAACCUCAACUUGAAGGAAGAACUCCUGUAAAAUGCACCUCAAGAGUAGCAUUCUGCCUCUAGAGAAGAGGUUUUUGGUAACAGGGCUUGAAAAUGAGCUAGAAGAGAAGAGAAAUCUACUCCAGAUGCUGCUUUUUCGUCUGUCUUUACGGGGUACCAGAGGUGUGAAGUAUGUAAUGCUUUGGAACAGUGAUUGCAUUGGAAGUUUUAUUAGGGUCAUCAUGCUUAAAGCACCAGCCAGCCAGAAACCAGUGAAGUUUCCAAGGAAAGGGGAUUGAACCAACUGUUGGCAUCUCUUCUGAAGACGGCAGUUUUGUGGAUAAGUUUUUAAUGUUCGGGCAAUGGUUGCAUCUGGCACUUUAAAAAAUAUAUACAUAUAUAUUUAAUAACUGUUGUUUCUCCUUAGGAAUAAGACUCUAGAGCUGUUUUGUACUGUGAAAUUACCGAUGCUCUUUGAAGGAAAGGAAUAUUGAUUCUAAUGUUCUUCAGAAGCUCUGGCAGGGAUAAGCAGGACGCCCAACUGGAACGUAUACUAAAUGUAAUCAGACAAAUUCUAUUUUCUUACUCGAGCAAAUAUUUUAUUGAGACGGCUAUGUAUGGCAAAGGAGCCCACAACUUCAGCUACAUAACUUUUUAUAUUAAAAGAACUCAUGCUUUUUGUAGCUUUUAUUCCACAUUUAAUUUAGAAUGACUUUAUAGCACUAACAUGCCUAGCAGAAGACUAUACUCCAGACCUAUAAGGAAAUUUUUAGUUUUAUGAAGAAAUAACACUUCAGUGGUUCAAUUUCUCAUGUCUUCGGUGCUAUUGGCCAUAAGAGCACCAGUUGACAACACCACAACCACGUGGAAACAUAUUUUUGGAAGCAAAACUUUAAUUUUCUACAACAUAUGCUAUGGAGAGUGAAGAAAAUUUAAGGACUACUUGUUUUUUUUUUUUUCCUUCAUAUGGAGUCCACUGUGUUGAAGACUUCAUAGUAUGUGAUUGUCUAACCUUUUUUUUUUUUUUUUGUAAAUUAGAAUAAAAUCUAGUGUGAUCAUGAUCAUUGAAAGGAUUUGUUUGGAAAGUUACAUUUUAUUUGUGAUUUUUUUUAAUCAGGGUAACUAUAAACUUAUAAACUUGACUGGUUUAUUCAGCUUACUAUGUUGUUUUGUUCUUAGCGCUAAUACUUGUGACUCAUGGAGAAUUACAUCAACUAACUUGAUAAAUCCCACAUGCAUUUUAUUUCCUAGUGAACUGUGUAAAUUUUAUUUUUGUUGAAGAUUAUAUGUUGAAUCAAUGUUAUGUUCUCAAACCACUUCUUGAGAAGGAGGUUCUGAUUUGAAAUUGUAUCAUUUCCUUCAAAAUGAAGGGCAAGUGCUUAAUUAAAUAAAAGAUUGAUGACAUCUUUUAAACCA